AUGGGUUGCAAUGCAUCAAAAUCAGCAAAGGCUGGUUCUUCCAGCAAUCGCUACCAUCCUGGUAAAGCAAUAACGCCAUCAUCAUCACCAUUAUCACUCUCUACUUUAAACCAACAAUCGGACUCAAAUCGCAUUGUAAAAUCGAAUCAUCGAACUGAAACACGUGAAAUUGUUCAAAAUUUUCUAUUAAUUUGGCUUGAUGCCAAAUUCGAUGAAUACAACGAGGAUUAUCGUAACUCAAUCAAACACCUCCGACGCGUAGUCAAUACUAUUGAAACAUUCCAAGAUACGGAAGAAUGUGUCGAUUACAUUUCGAAACUCCAAAAUGAAAAAGCAUUCCUAAUUAUUUCUGAUGCUUUAUGCCAAAUUGUUGUGCCACGUAUUCAUAGCACCACUCAACUCUAUUUAAUUUAUGUCUUUUGUCAGAACAAAGAAAAGUAUGAAGAAUGGGCCAAAGGCUGGCCCAAAGUGAAAGGUAUUUACAGCAAAAUUACCACAAUUUGUGACUCAAUUCGACCAUCGGCUCGACAAUGUGAUGAGGAUUCAAUCCCAAUAAGUGCUGUAUCGUCAUUCAAUGAAAUUGAAUCAUCGUUCAUGUAUACACAACUCUUCAAAGAAAUGAUUCUUGAUAUCGAUUUCAAUGAAAACAACGAAAUCAAUGAUCUAGUUGAGUAUGCACGCAAGCAGUAUGCUGGUAACGAUGAGCACUUGAUGAAAAUCGACGAAUUCGCUCGAGAAUAUCAAGCUUUCAAUGGUGACAACGAUCAAUGUUUAUGUAUAAUGCCCCAAAACUUAAAUCUAGAUCGUAAUGGUGUACUUGAUUUAACAGUUUUACCAAAUAACCUUUGUGAUCGUUAUUGUGAUAACAUAAUGGGUGAUUCGAUAGUUGAACAUAAAUUUAAAUGUGGUUCAUUAAAUGAUUCACGUAUAUGGGCUAUAUAUGAUUUAAAUGCUACAUGUCCAGUUGGUUUUAUUUAUAUAAAUGAAUUAAAAAAAUGUAUAUCUAACUAUAAAGGAGUUUCGAGUUUAUGUCCAUCACCAUCAAUGAAUUAUAUUUAUAAUGGAAAUCUAACGUGGAAUAUGUUUCUAAAAAUUAUUGGAAAAUUAAACUUAACUAAAUCUAUUGUUUCAAUUGAUUUUGAUGAUAUUAUUACUAUUGAUCCUUUAUGGUUAUGUUCAGCAACUACCAAUACAAUAAAUUCAAAUCUUCCUAAUAGAAAUUUUAGUACAUAUUAUGUAUUAGAUAGCGGUUGUUUACGUGUACGUUCCUAUUCUUUGGGUUCAAAUAUAUUAUCAAAUCGUUUAUGCAUAACAAAUCCUAUAAAUGAAGAUUCAUUAUCAUAUGAUAGUAGAGCUUAUCCAAUUUAUACAUUGGAUCUUAAUAGAAACAUGGAUACUUGUCCACCAUCGUGGUUUGAUAUAAACAGAGAGUGUUAUCAGAUAUCGGAUUACCGUAAGACAAUUCAAGAAGCAAGAAAUUGUUGUAUUGAUUUGCCGGAAGAUAUGAAGAAGAAAAGUAAACUACUAGAAGUUACACCAAAUUUGUAUCUUGAUGAUAUUGAAGAAACGAGGAAGAUAGCAAUAAAUAAAUCCAUCAAUUUUAUAAGUGAUUUCUUUAAAGGCGAAAUUGUACAGUAUACAUCACGAUGGCAAGCACGUCUUGGUUUUUUUCUUCUUGAUACAAAUGCAUCUAAUACAGAACCAAAAAUUGGAUUAUUUCACCGGUAUGUUAAAGAUUUCCCAUCAUUAGUGUCCAAUGUUGAUGUCAAUUUCUCAUCUAUAAAUGAAUUUCAAAUGAUUAAGUCAAAUUACGAUAAUAACUCAAGCAUACAAGAUGAUUCAUGUUUAGUUUUCACACGCUCAAUAAUCGACGAAAAACAAAGACGUUCUAUUUUAAGAAAUACUCAAAUCAAUAAUUGUUCACAACCAAGACAUGUUUUAUGUAAAGUUAAAGCAAUCAUUGGUUACAGCUCUCAUCAAAUUUGUUAUAGUAAACCAUCAACACUUGGUUUACCAUCAAUGAUAUCAAAUCAUUUAACGCAUGAAUUAUGCUUAUCUGUUUGUCAAACAUUAAAAACAAAUUUAGCUGUUAUAAAUAUGAAUAAAUGCUAUUGUGUUAAUGCUCAUGAGUCACUUGUGAUUGAUAAUGAAAGGAACCAUGUAAAACAUAGAACAAAAGAUUGUGGAAAUCCUUGUCCAGGUAAUCAAAAUGAGCUCUGUGGUAAUACAAAUACAAUUGUUGUCUUUCAUUUAUCUGAAAAUUCAUUUGCAUCCAAAUAUAUCUAUAAUAAUAAUGAUCCUAAACCAUAUCCUGAUUUCAUUUAUGAUGGUUGUAUACAUUUAAGUUCUGACAAUCAAUCAGGAAUAUAUCAAUUCAGUUUGAUUCAUAUAAAUGAUAUUCAUCCACGUCAUUGUUUAGAAUUAUGUAAGAAGUAUAAACAACAAUAUGCUCUUCUAAAUUCAAAUAAAUGUCUAUGUACAAAUGUGCUAAAGAAAAAAAAACAAGAUGAUAUAUUAUUAAUACAUGUAGAUUUUGAUUGUACUCAAGAAUGUCAAGGUAAUUACUUACAUACAUGUGGAAAUACAAGUAAUUCAACGAUAUAUUCCAUGUAUGUAACGCACCCAAGAUGUCCACGUGGUUUACAAUAUAAUAAUAAUAAACAACGAUGUGUACAGAUUGAUUUUUCAGUGAAGAAAAAUUCUUUCUCAACUGCACAAUCUUAUUGUCAAUCUAUUGGUGGUGCGCUUGCAAAGAUAAAUGAUAUUUUAGAAAUUCAAGAUUUAGUAUUGUUAUCAAAGCUAAAUGUAAUUUAUUCUAGUGAAUAUUUAUUUUCUUAUACUGGAAGUCCACUGAAUGAUACAAAAUAUUUUUGGAUCGAUCGUACAUCGGAUAUCAUAAAUAACAAUAUAACAUUAGAUCGUUCUAUUGGAAAAUGUUUUCAAGCAUCAAAAUCAUUUGACCAAAACUGUGUUGCUUUUCAGCGCGAAAAAAUUAUCGUUGAUAAUACGCUAACUUUUCAACGGUGUUUUACUGAAUCAGAUCAAUGUUCAUCUAUGUCUGCUAUACCAGUUUGUGUUGAUAAAAACCUGGAAUUUAAUUUAACUGCAACUUCUUCAACUGCAGAUGAUGAUUCAUCCGUCAUAUCAGUGAAUGUAUCGACAGAUUAUUCAUGUGGUGAUGAUACAGAUUAUCAUUUGGUGAAUGACUAUUGUUAUAAAGUAUUAUUUCAUGAAACUACUUGGCAUGAUGCAAAAGCUGAAUGUGAACGUGAUAAAGCCGCGUUAUUUUUACCUGGGAAAUUUACGAAAAUAUCUUUAAUAAAAUUUUUAUUUUUACGUCAGCAUAGUUACACAUCAUCUGGUGUCGUACAUGUUGAUAUUUUUUAUGAUAAUCGAAAUCGUACAACCAUGCGACCUGUCACAACCGAUAGAAGUAGUUUAAUAUCUGUACCGAAUUCCGAUGAUCUUCAUACUUUAUGUGAAAGAAAAUUUCAUCAAAUCUAUAGAGAUUUGAUUUUAUCACCUGACGUGUCAAUGAAAGACAUAGAUCGAAUAGAAACUCAUCAAACUGCUUGUGCAUCCAUUGAUUUUCGAUCUGAAUACUUACCAUCGAUUUCAUGCAAUGAAAUACCUUGUAAUCGACUAGCAACUGUUAUAUGUCAAAAACCACCGAUUACAACAACGCGUGCUGUAGUAGCAAAACGGUUAGUCAUAAAUAAUUAG